AUGUCGGAAAGUGAUGAAAAUGUGCGUGAUAAAAGUGUACAUGAGGGCGAGCUGACGUCGUCCUCGUCAACCAGCGGCGAAGAGGAUCCGCCGCAACGUCGUAAACGAAAGUUGCCUAGGAGGGAGAAUUAUUUGGCUUCCAAUGCAUAUCCUCCGCCGGGUUGGUACCCCGCUGACCCCGGGUAUCAUCACCCAUUAGAAACACAUGUAGAAAAUCUGUUGCCAACCCAACAGGAUGCACAUUCAGUUGAAGUACCCGCCGAGUCGGCCAUUAAAUUUGAUUUUAAUUUAAAAACGAGUUUAAAAGAACCUACAGUAUUGAGUACGCCUUCCGAUCAUUUACAAUUAUUAAAUUCAUUUCAAUAUUUUAAUUCUGAAAACUGGACUAACGUACGUUACUCCGAAAUUCAAAAGUUAUAUAAUGCCAGGCCAGGUUUUGUUGAACUUGAGGGUCUUCAUAUUUCUGAAAUGUUGUCAAUUACGCAUGGCAUAAUUAUGCAAAGCGAUGCUUUAAAAUCAGGAGUGUUUGAUUUACUGCAAUGGGUACAAGAUACCGAUAAUUUUAGUAAAGACGAUCUGGUAAAGAAAAUUAAAGAUAUUUUUUCGGGUGAAUUUCAAAAGAUAUCUCUUGAUUGUUUACAAUUGCUUUGUGGGCGUCGAGCCGAUAUUAUUGAACAAAGACGAGAAGCAUUCUUGAAUUUAGUAAAAGAUAAAUUUUUAAAAGCUACCUUAAAAAAGAUACCUCCAUCCUGUGAUUUUUUAUUUAGUAAAGAGCAAAUUUCAGACUUUUUAAAUAAUAAUGGGGGCAUUAAUAAAAUAUUUUCAAGACCUUCCUUCUCUGCGCAAGAGAAGAGAAAUACUGGUACAUCUCAGGCUGCGCAACGUGGAUCCAGUCGUUACAAUCAAACCGGUCGCCCCACAGCACCGUUUGCAUUACAAUAUAGAGCCCCUCAAUAUCCGUAUAGGUCGUAUGCACCUAUGCAACCCUAUGCAUUUAAUUACAAUUUUCCAGCUUAUGCUGGAAAUCAGCGGCUUUUUCGACCUCAAUACAAGCCACAAUCAUUUACCGCGGGUCCACAAGCCCCGAGUAACCCUAGGAAAUCAUUUAAUCAACACGGCACAUCAAACCAACACAUUAGCGUCAAAAGAAGAGGGAGAGGUGUUGUAUGUCAGAACAGGUCAAAGUUGGUAGAGCAAACCCAAGUUGUUCUCAAAACUUUAAAAGAGUUAGGAUGGAUCGUCAACACAUCCAAGUCAAUCCUAGUCCCCCAGAGGUCGUUGGAGUAUUUAGGUCUAGUAUGGGAUACCUGGAACAACAAGAAAAGCCUGCCACAGAAGAAAAUUCAAGGUCUACAGACUACUAUAGCAAGAUUUCUCACACAACAACAAGCGACGCUUCGGGAAGUUCAAGGUCUAGUAGGGACCAUGAAUUUUGCCCGUCUAGCUGUCCCACAGGGUCGAUUAAACUUCCGCUAUCUCCUGAGACAUUGCAUAUCUAUGCUUCAAAACAAUGUCAAGGAGAAAACUCCGCUACCAAUACAGGUAACGAAAGAACUCGAGUGGUGGAGGCAGAACUGCGACAGGUCGUCUCUACUUCACCUUCCACUUCUGACCCACUUCUUAACGACAGACGCUGCCGAGACCGGCUGGGGAGCAGAAUUAAACGGGGUACAGAUACGGGGCGAAUGGUCGAGAGAGGAAUCCAGAAUUCACUCGAAUCAAAAAGAAAUGUUGAGCAUAUUGAAGUGUCUUCACCAAUUCGGUCCUCUUCUAAGCCAUUCAUCGUUGCUACUUCAGUGCGACAACAAAGUCGAAAUUGAUAGAUCUGUCGACGGGCCGUCCCCCGCCAAAAGUAGAAGAUCUGACUCUCGAAGUUUGGAAAUGUGGGGGUGGUCUGAAGCAGUAGAAUCAUGGUCUACUCAACAGAAGGCUUUAUUGAUGGGAGGAUGGCGAAAAUCCACUAUUAAUACAUACAAACCUGCUUGGGAGAGAUGGGUAAAAUGGUGUCAAUCCUCAGAUAUAAGCCCUAUUAAUCCAGUAGGUGCCGAUUUAGCACAAUACUUGGCGGAUCUUCAUUUUAAACAUAGGUUAUCUUAUAAAACUAUUUUAGUUCAUAAAUCUGUGGUCGCUACCUUAUGUACUACCGAAAAUAAUGCUAAACUAAGCUCUAAUAUAUUAGUGAAACAAAUAUUAAAAGCUAUCGCGGCUAAUUAUGCUAAGAACCGUGUCGAAACCAAUAUUUGGGAUACACAUAUUGUCAUAUCUUGGUUGUCGAGUAGAAACCCGCCUAUUCUAAAUAUGUGGGAAAUAUCACGACGUUGUGCUAUUCUACUUUUACUUUGUUCUGGGCGUAGAGUGCAUGAUCUAACACUGCUUAGUAUAUCGGACUCUAACUUUAUAGACGACACUGAAGCUAACUGUUUAACAUUUUGGCCUAUGUUUGGUUCUAAGACUGAUUCUGUGUCUUAUACUCAAUCAGGUUGGAAAUUGUACUCGAAUAAUGAGAACCCUAAUAUAGAUCCUGUACUAUGGGUAAGAAAGCUAAUACAAUUCGGAAAGGAUAGACGUAGAGAAGGAAAAGUAAGUAACCUCUUUGUAACAGCCCGUGGAGCCGCUAAAGCUGCUUCUCGUACUGUAAUCGCAGGCUGGGUAAAAUCUGUUUUGUCUGACGCGGGCGUUGAUGCAACACCAGGUAGCAUGAGAUCAGCUGUGGCGUCCAGGGGUUGGUUGGAUAGUGAACCAUUGGACAAAAUCCUAUCUAGAGCUAAUUGGAAGUCUAUAAAAACUUUCUCAAAGUUCUACAAAAAAGAAGUAAGACCAUUGCCUAAUGUAAUUUCAGAUAGCGUCUCCCUAAGAGCGUUGUUUAAACCUGUAAGA